UGGCGAGUAUAUCAACCACUCUUGGGCCCCUUGCUCUUGGGAUCUUUUGGAAUACCUACCUCUAUGGGGUCGUAAGUAUCCAAUGUGACGUAUUGGAACACGAGGCCGCAGUGGUCGCUUUUUUCCUCCUCGAUACGGCCCACAGCGCCUCGUUGAUUAAUAUGGCUUGGUAUUUUACGUCUUUCACCUGUCAAGUUAAACCCACCUUCGAAUCGGAUAGGAUCGACCAUUUCGGGGAUUUAGCCGCGUUGACCCGUGUCUUUUGGGCUUAUCCCUUCACUACCAUUGUCACUGCUCUCCUGGCCUUUCUAACACAACUGUUUUUGGGCUUUCGGAUCUGGCGGCUCACGCAACGUUUCAUAUUCUAUGCCAUUAUAAUUGCGAUUUCAACCGUUUCGCUCGCGAUGGGAGUUAUAUGCACUGUCAAGGCGACGACUCUGACGAGGAUCCUCGAGGCUUGAG